AUAAAAUCUUCUCUGCUCUGGCAACAGAAUCCAAGUUUUCUUGUCCAAAAAACAUUGCUCACUUCUGCUCAUACUCCUUUUCUGCAUAGCUUGCGGACCCCGCCCCCUUAUCCUACUUGAAAGCUCUUGCCUCACUAUGCCUACUCUUGCGCUUGAAGCUGGGACUACUAUCUUUGUGACGGGCGUCAAUGGCCUGAUCGGAAGCCAUAUCACCGAUCAAUUGCUAGAGAGGGGAUACAACGUUCGUGGCGCAGUGAGGAAUGCUAAGAAGCACCAAUACUUGGUCGACUAUUUUAGUGAAAAGCACAAAGAUGCAAAGCUGGAGCUGGUUAACGUACCGGAUAUGACCAUCGAAGGUUGCUAUGACAAUUUCACGCAAGGUAUUGACGGCUUCAUCCAUGUCGCAGCACCUAUUAGUGAGAGUUCGGAUAUCAACGUGGCCAUUCCCAUCGCGGUAAAAGGCGCUCUCAAUGCCCUCAAGUCUUGCGCAAAAACUCCUUCGGUCAAACGCUUCGUCUUCACCUCGUCAUCGAUCGCCGCGACCUUCCCUCAACCCGAUGUGGAGUUCUCAAUCGACGAGGGUACCUUCAACGAAGAGGCACUAAGACGUGUUCGAGAGCAGGGAAAUGGAUCAGGAUUGCUGGGCUAUGCGGCCAUGAAGACGGAGACGGAAAAGGCAAUAGUAAAGUGGGUGGAAGAGAACAAACCAAGCUUUGUCUUGAACUCUAUUCUACCAAAUGUAAACUUCGGCGCCCUUCUCCUCCCCGAACGCCAAGGCAAACCAUCUACCAUCGAGUGGGCCCACUUCGCUUGGACGAGUACGAAUCUUGAAGCAUUCACCACGUUUGCUGGCCCACAGUGGUAUGUUCAUACCGUCGACUGCGCGCUACUGCAUGUCGCUGCAUUGAUCUACAACGACGUAUACUCCGAACGCAUUUUUGCAUUCGCAGAGCCAUGGAGCUACAACAAGAUAAUGGAUAUUUGGCGUAAGCAGUAUCCCGAGAGGGAGUUCCCAGAAAACAUCAAGGGAUUGGGCGAAGACAAGAUGAAGGUUCCGAAUCAGAGAGCAGAGGAGUUGCUGAAACGAGUCAAGGGAUCCGGGUGGGAUAGCUUGGAGAAGGCUGUAAAGGAAAUGGCUGACCAAUGGGAAUAAGAGUGCGCUAUGGUCUAUUUCAAUAUGCACAUGUAAGAUGGCCGAGUAUUUGCCAUAUGGUACCAAGGCGGUACUAUGAUUCAGGGUCCAAGACUACGGGCCGUUUACAACUGGUUGUCUACCCAUCACUCCAUCUUCAUCCUGUAGAACAUGAUUUUCACUUAUUUACUUAGUUAGGAUUUCGAGUUUUGGAAUUCCAACCAUGCUUACAUGAACCCUCA